AUGGUAUCCCCUCCUCAUGGACAUCCCCUUUUCCCUCCUCCCUCCUACCAGUACUAUCUCAAGACUGGCACAUGCAAGUACGGUCCCUCCUGCACCUUUCACCACCCACCGCUACUCGCCGCAACGCCUGCCGGCUCCUCCCACCUGCCUCUCAACACCCUCGGCUACCCCCUCAGACCGGGCGAGACAGAAUGCGCCUUCUUCCUUCGAACGGGGCGGUGCAAGUUCGGAGCAACAUGCAAGUUCCAUCACCCAGACCUACACACGCCUCCGCUACAACCAAUCGGCCUACAUCCCUCCCAGCAGCAUCCUUCCCAGUUGCUGCACGCGCCGAUGGGGCUGCAUCCCUCACAGCUACAUCCUUCUCCCCAGCUCCAGAGUCCUCUUGGUCAACAGCCGUCCCAGCAGCAUCCCUCCUACCAGUAUCCCUCCCAGCUACAACCGUCCCAGCUACAACCGUCCCGGCUACAGCCGUCCCAGCAGCAGCAGGUGCAGGUGUCAUACCCUGGAGGAGCAAACACGGCAGAAGCAGAGGAGGCAGUUAAGCAACAGGCAAGCAGCAUCGUUCCUGGGGAAGCAUCCAGGAAGGAAGAAGCAAUCAUUUCUGCUGAUGAUGCGGCUGCUGCUGAUGCUGGUGAAAACCCAGAUGCAGCUGCUACCAGCUCUAGACGGGGAGCAGGUACUGGAGCAGCAGCAGCCGCAGGAAGGGGUGAAACAUUGCAAGGCCAUCUGAACCAGGAAAGCCCAGAGAGCGUGGCUAGAGAGUCAGGUGGGGAAACAGAUGGGAAGGCUGGGGGGAAUGAUUGUCAAGAGCAAGCGGUGAGUGAUGUGGCUGGGCCAGAAGGGGGUGAGGUAGGUGUUGUUGUGACUAGGCCAGCAGGGGGUGAGAGGACUCACGGGUCUGGUGUUGAGACGACUCAGACGCAGGGGAGCAAGGCGCAGGGGCAGAAGAAGAAACGGCAGCAGAGGCAGCAGUACCAGCAGCAGCAGCAACAACAGCAGCAGUAUCAGCAGUAUCCGCAGCAGUAUCAGCAGCAAUACCAGCAAUACCAGCAACAGUAUCAGCAGCAGUACCAGCAGCAUUACCACCAACACGCCAUUCCCGCCGCCAAUCCCGCCGCUAAAACCGCGCCGUAUCUCGCUACAGUCACACCCCACGACCUCCGCGGAAAGAAAUACACCGGGGGAGCGGCGCGAAGCCUUGCGCCGCGCCUGCGAUCCGCCGCCUGCUGCUCCGCCUGGCGGAGCACCGCCGCCGCAGAGAACCCCUCCGCCGCUGCUCCGCCUUCCGCCCCGCCCGCGCCCGCGCCGCCGCGGAGAUCACUACUACCCGCGGGCGCGUUCCGCUCGCAGCGCAGCAUAAAAUACGCCUGGGUUUGGGGACUCUACAAGCGCGUGAGUGAAGCCACCUCACCAUGCCUGCCCACGCACCUCCCUGAGUGGCUCAUAGAACGCGCCUCCCCUUCCCUCGAGCACCUCCAAUCGUCGCGCUUCCUAUUGUCGCGUUCCUCCGCCCAUCGCGCCACCUCCCUCGCGCCACCCAUCCUUUCGUCGGGCAUCCUCUCGUGCCUCGCCUCCUGUCGUCGCGCCUCCCCUCGCCGCGCCUCCUCUCAUCGUCACGCCUCCCCUCGUUUCUGGAAGCAUCCCCUCGUCGUUCCUCUGCUCGCCUCGCCGCGCCUCCGCUCACCGUUCCCCCCAUCGCGGUUUCUCCCGCGCCUUGCUCUGUUUUCGCGGGGUUGGGCGCGCCCGUGGUGGUGGGGGAAAUGGUGCUGGAAGUGCAGGGAAGAGCGGCCGCGGAGAGGGCCCUGGAACGAGGCACCACCACGCCAGGACAGGUACGAGUGCUCCGCGCCCCUGCACCCUGCGCUCUGCACCCUGCGCUCUGCACCCUGCGCUCUGCACCCUGCGCUCUGCACCCUGCGCUCUGCCCCCUGCGCUCUGCACCCUGCGCUCUGCACCCUGCGCUCUGCCCCCUGCGCUCUGCCCUCUCCAAAGGCGGAGAGGGAGGGGAGAGGCGGAAGAAAGGCUGCGUCUGCAGGGGAAAUUGGUUCUGAUCCCCCUUGCUUGCCCUCCUUUCCCCCCCUGCUCCCCCUCCGUUCCCCCCUUGCUUCCCCUCCUUUCCACCCCUGCUCCCCCUCCUUUCCCCCCCUGAUUCCCCUCCUUUCCCCCCUUCCUUCGCCUCCUUUCCCCCCUUCCUUCGCCUCCUUUCCCCCCUUGCUUCGCCUCCUUUCCCCCCUUGCUUCGCCUCCUUUCCCCCCUUGCUUCGCCUCCUUUCCCCCCUUGCUUCGCCUCCUUUCCCCCCUUGCUUCGCCUCCUUUCCCCCCUUGCUUCGCCUCCUUUCCCCCCUUGCUUCGCCUCCUUUCCCCCCUUGCUUCGCCUCCUUUCCCCCCUUGCUUCGCCUCCUUUCCCCCCUUGCUUCGCCUCCUUUCCCCCCUUGCUUCGCCUCCUUUCCCCCCUUGCUUCGCCUCCUUUCCCCCCUUGCUUCGCCUCCUUUCCCCCCUUGCUUCGCCUCCUUUCCCCCCUUGCUUCGCCUCCUUUCCCCCCUUGCUUCGCCUCCUUUCCCCCCUUGCUUCGCCUCCUUUCCCCCCUUGCUUCGCCUCCUUUCCCCCCUUGCUUCGCCUCCUUUCCCCCCUUGCUUCGCCUCCUUUCCCCCCUUGCUUCGCCUCCUUUCCCCCCUUGCUUCGCCUCCUUUCCCCCCUUGCUUCGCCUCCUUUCCCCCCUUGCUUCGCCUCCUUUCCCCCCUUGCUUCGCCUCCUUUCCCCCCUUGCUUCGCCUCCUUUCCCCCCUUGCUUCGCCUCCUUUCCCCCCUUGCUUCGCCUCCUUUCCCCCCUUGCUUCGCCUCCUUUCCCCCCUUGCUUCGCCUCCUUUCCCCCCUUGCUUCGCCUCCUUUCCCCCCUUGCUUCGCCUCCUUUCCCCCCUUGCUUCGCCUCCUUUCCCCCCUUGCUUCGCCUCCUUUCUCCCUCUCCUCUCCUUCAUGUUCCCCCGCUGCUUGCCGCUGUUCCUCUCCUCCCUCGUUCAAUCUCCUUCCCUCCCUUUCCCAUCUUCCCUAUCCCCCCGAAUCAUUCUCUCCCCUUUUCUCCUCCACCCCCUCUUCCUAUCUCCUCCUCCUCUUCCCCUCUCCUAUCCCCUCGUUUGCCCCCCUGCUAG